UCCUCACUAGGUAUCUGACUAUCCGACUACAUCACCUCCACUCUCUUACUCGGUCUAUUUUUUCUUUUCAUUUUAUCACCCCUUCUAUCUCCCCUCUUAACUUCAUAUUCAAUACUACCACCUUUCCCGUCGUCAGCCCACACAAUGGGCAAGUUAACCAGCUCGAUCGGUAUCCCGAUCAAGCUUCUCAAUGAAGCUCAGGGCCACGUCGUCACCCUCGAAAUCACCUCCGGCGUCGUCUACCGAGGAAAGCUCUUAGAGGCCGAAGACAACAUGAACGUCCAACUCAAAGACAUCACAGUCACCGCCCGCGACGGCCGCGUAUCCCAUCUCGACCAGGUGUACAUCCGGGGCAGCCACGUGCGUUUCUUCAUUGUGCCUGAUAUGCUACGAAACGCCCCCAUGUUCCGCUCGCGGGGUCAACGCGGUCGCGGUGUCGGUCUUGCGCGUGGUAAGGCGACGGUGCAGAGGGCGAGGGGGCAGAGACGGGGGUGAUCUCUUCUAACCUUUUUUUUUUGUCGAUUUCUUUAUCUUUUUAUGGUUUUUUAGUGUCGGUUUUUCAACAUACUUUUUCCCUUUUAUGUCUGUGAAGGUGUCGCGUGUCUUGGGAUUGAUUGAUUGUUGGCUGUAAGGUAUCUACUAGAUUAGUACCUUGAGGUUAAUGCAGAUGCAUUUCCUUCUAA